UCGCCCAACGCCCGUGUCUUCACCACCUUCAUUGCACUCUCUCCUUAUGUUUUGAGUUUCUGUUGUCGUUUUCUCUUUCCUAGGUUUUAGGUUUUCUCUGGGAAAGGAUUUUUGUUUUAGCUUCAUCAAUGGCACAGGAGGAGGUCCAGAACGGAGGAGCCGAGAAGGUAGCGGCGGUGAAGUUCACAGCGUUGAAACCUCAGCUGAUGGUGGAGGCUCCUAAGGCAGUUGAUGCGGUACAGUUCUACAAAUCCGCGUUUGGCGCUGUUGAGGUUGGCCGUACUGUUCACCCUAAGCGCAAGGCUGAGCAGGAGCUCCCCCAGAUUCUCUCCGCUCAACUUGAGCUAGCUGGCUCUACCAUUCUUGUUUCUGACAUCGAUGAAAACUCUGCUCCGGUGAAAUCCGAGGGGACCGGAUGUGUGCUCUGCCUCGAGACUGAGGACGUUGAAGCUGCUGUUGCCAAGGUCGUGAGCGUUGGAGGAGUUGCAGAGAGUGAGAUAACUGAGGACGGUGGCGCGUGCUACGUUGGUCGCGUGGGCAAGGUGAAGGAUCCAUACGGCUAUGUUUGGCUUAUCUGCUCCGCUGCUAAGAAGUGCGCUGACGUGUAGGGUUUAGAUGCCGUACGAUCUUUUGAUAUAAUUUCUUAGCUUUAAUUUCUCUGUAGCCGGUAGGAAAUAGCAAGACUUUUGGUAUCGAGUGUUUACGAACCUUCAGGCGUCAGUUGCUCUUAAAUGAGAAAUUCACCAGCGUUUUUAA